UUCCGUUUGAAAAUUUCCCGGGAAAUCUGAGUUUCGCGGGAGGGCUCUUGAGCGCGUAAACCGUAUCCCUUCAUUCAUCAGGCCGUUUCCUGAAGCCAUUUCUAGACCGGGGAAACGAGAGUUGCGCUACUUUUUAAUCCGUUGCAUCUGCCUAAAUGCACUUUCUUAAGGAAAAAUACUUUACAAAAGUCGAUGAAUCAGACUGUCAUCUUUACUUCGGUCUGAUUAUUUUUGUAAUUUUUGCGGCGGAUUAGCAGCCAUACGGGCUUGAAAGUACUGAGACAAGAAAGGGGUUACCCCGAAUACGCAAGAUGAGAAGAGGGAUCUCCUCGGCUCCGGACAAAGUGAUUUUAGCGGGGGUUGGGGGCUCUCCUCUCGACAAUAAUAUCAUUUUAACAACUCUCACGGAUCGUUUAAACCCCGGUCAAUCCAACGCUACGUAUAUCCAAAUAAUAACCACCCCACCGCCUUGCAACGUUACACAGACAUCAAAUGUGUGUUUAUCCGAACCUCAGAUAAACAACAUUUACACAACUCCACAACAAGCUGCAGCAAACGGAGCAGGACAACGACCCGCUCUGGGGAGACCGCCGGCGAAAAGGCGGUUGGCCCUCGAUGAUUCAGACCACCAGUACCAGUCAGAACCAGCCAGGACUCCAAGAGGCAGAGGAGGGUCUGUUGUGGCCAAUGGGGCACGGCUAAAGACACCUAGAACACCAAAGUCUCCACCGGAGAAGACUCGGUAUGACACCUCCCUGGGCCUGUUGACCAAGAAGUUUGUGGAUCUCCUUGCCCAGUCUUCUGAUGGCGUCUUGGACCUCAACCUCGCUGCUGAAACCUUACAGGUGCAGAAAAGGCGGCUGUAUGAUAUCACCAAUGUACUAGAAGGCAUUCACCUCAUCAAGAAGAAAUCAAAGAACAACAUUCAGUGGAUGGGCUGUAGUCUGUUGGAGGUAGAGGGGGCACUGAGCCAGAGACAGAGACUAACGGCAGAAGUUUCUGCACUGGGAGAAGAAGAGCAGAGGCUUGAACAACUGAUCCAAAGAUGCAGCCUGGAUAUGAGACACAUGAGCGAGUUGCAAAGCAACCAGAAAUAUGCCUAUGUAACGUACCAAGACAUCAAACAGCUGGGAAACCUCAGAGACCAGACUGUUAUUGUCGUCAAAGCGCCCACAGACACCAAACUAGAAGUACCAGACCCUGAUGAGAGUUUGUCCAUCCAUCUGACCAGCACUAAGGGUCCUAUAGAAGUCCUCCUGUGCCCAGAUGAGGAGAAUGACCCCAGGAGUCCUGUAAAAAACGGCAGCAUGGACAUCAAUGGGAACUCACCUUUCCUCAAAGUCCUUCAAGGUCCCACCUGCACAACCACUUCUUCCAUCCCCUCCCUGGCUCCACCUUCUUCUUCCUCAGCAGUCUCCGUCACUACUCUCUCCCCGAUCUCGUCCCCUUACACUAGUCUUCUCCAGCAGACAGAAGACCAGAUCCCUUUGUCCCUGGGGCCUUUCUUAAACCUCGGGCCUCCUCUUCUGGACCAAGAUGACUACCUUUUAGGUUUGGGAGAUGACCAGGGAAUCAGCGACUUGUUUGACGCCUGUGACUUUGAUAAAAUGCCCUCUCUUGGCCUGGAUGAUCUCCUGUGCAGCUAGCAUUCGUUAUUACAAAUUCAGUUUAAGUGCAUGGGAGAGAGAUGGAGUAUCGGUGAAGGUUUUGAUGCCUGUGACAGACUGUGUAGUUAGUGGAAGCCAAUUCUAAAUAGCUGGAAAGGAAUCAUUGGGGGCUUUUUUUCAGUCCCAGUGGGACUAAACGCCAUGUUCUUUCAUGGUGUGAGAGAUAAAUGGCCUUGCAUGAUUUCACACAAAGACACGACCGGUCAGUGGGAAUACAUAUCCAUUACCCUUUGUCUCAGGCUAUGUAAAGCCUCCAGUGUAGCUGGUUGUUGGGGGGCAUCUUAAGGCCUUUGUUGUCUGUUCGGUAGUAUAAAUGGGAAAGGGAAGGAUAUCCACCUCUCUGUAUGACGCAAGGUUCACAGUACAGAGAGACCAACAAAGACGGGACGAACAGCUCGAAGGAAAACACCCCCACACCAUCUGACAUUAACACACAUUGUGGUUGAUUGGUUUGGGUUUAGCAUUACACCCAAAUGUAAGUGCACCUAAGAUGCACAGAUGGGAUCACCCAAAAUCAUCAGUAGAAUGUUCAAGAGAACGGAAGAGGAAAACUGUGUUUACGGUUAAGAUUUUGAAGGAUAAUGCAAAUAUGAGGAUUUGACAGGCCUGUAAAUCUGCUACUUGGCAAGAAAAGGAGCGGUUUUAUCAGUGGUUUCCCAGUGAUGCAUUUUCUUGACAGAUGUCACAAUUCAUCCAGAUGUGUUGAUGCCAAGUGCUGUGGGGGGGGGGGCUAUUGAUGGCUUUCUGUUGUACCAAUGAUCUGUGUUUGAAGGUUCAUACUGCUGACUGUUAAGUAGGUGUUUUAAGAAUUAAAAUGAAUAUUAAAUGAAAACAGGGCAAUUUUGAUACACAGCAUUCAUGACUACUGUUGCUAUCCUAUGGUUAGGUUAGGCAGGCUGAGGUUUUGGUCACCUGUCUUGUCCCUGCCUGCUCAGACACUUGUAAAGUUUCCUAUUGUGCUAUUUGGGCUUAUAAUCAUACAGUUACUAAAAGUGUGUAUUUUGUACAUUUAAGCACUAUUUAGAUGAGCUCCAAGGAAGUUCAUAUACUGUUUUGGAGUGCACAUGACAAUUAUCCAGAAAAUAGCAAUGGAAAUAAGAGUGUGUACUCUAAAAUGAGAUGGAUAUAAAUACGUUUUUUAGGUGUACAAAAUGCUUACAGUAUGCCUUAUGGCUAGUAAUUAGUUAAAUCCCCUUGCACCCAAUGUCUCUCUUGUGCUAUGUCCUCCAUAUAUAAAAUGGAUUUAGUAGGUACAUUUAAUAAGGGACCUUUGUUAGCUGUUCACCUGGUCAGCCUGUUAUCUACUCAAGUGGGCAAUCUUUUUAUUUUGUACAUGAUGAAUACAAAAAUGUUCAACAUGGGAACAGGCAUUGUGGUGUUUAACAUUUCAUGACCCAUGUGCUAACAGCCCAAAAAGCCAUCAUACCUGGGUAAUGUGGGGUUAAGCAAAAACACCUGAUAUGCAAACUUGAAUAUCAUCUCUAACUCAUAUUCUUAUAGACACUUUGUGAAAUCAAGAUCCAAAUUUCCACUUUCUUGCUGCUUUUUGCCUGUCCCCUCCCAUCUUCAUCAGCAGAAGCUGCCAUAACCAAACUUACUCUGAUGCCUCCUCAUUUAGUCUGUUGCUGUGAAAUUAUACUGUGGUUUCGAGCUAAUCGGUAAAAUUUGAACCACUUAUCGAUGCACGCUACCUACUGUGUGUACUGAAGCUGUGUAGGAGACAGGAUAGGAGCGUAUUUGUCUUUUUAGGUUUAAUGUUGAAUUUUAAUGAAUUUUAAUACUGUAGAAAUAACUAAUAUCACGAUCACCUAAGCAACAAGGGGCUAGAUGAUUAGCCAUUAAUUUAGGCUUCAGCAUGUAAUGAAGGCCCCCCCCCUCCAUAACCGGGAUAAAAAAAGAAUAAAAAAAAAGACCCGGUUUCGUAAAUUGAGCAAAUUCAGUGCAACAAGCCAUGUUUCAUAAUAGGCUUGGUGAUACUGUUGUCUUGGGCCACUGAGUCUUCAAACAGUGGUUAAUCAAGAAUAGCCCGCUGGAGGACUUGGUGAACUAAGCUGUAGGGAUGUGUUGUGUUUUUACUUUGGUAUUUGGAACACCAUCGCAUCAUGUGUUUGAUGACAUCCCCGGUAAUAACAAAACCCAAACAUUUCCUCUGAGACCCUGGCUUUUAAUCUAAAGAAACCUGCGGCUGCAGGUAAUAUUGCUGCUCUUACUGUAAACUUUUCCCUGACCUGAUGGAUGUGCGCUUGGGUAAUUGCGUUUGCAGCAUGUGUGAGUUAUGUCAAAGAUCAAGCUUCCUAAAGAGUAAGCCUGCCAUGUGUAAUAUGAUGUACAGUUUUCUAAAUGUUUCAGUGCACAAGGUACUGUAGGCUACCUCUCACUUAAUGUUGGACAAUAAUAAUGGGGCAUAGAGGUAAAUGCCAUAGUGUGUAUGAGUCUUUGAAUUCCCCUUUGUCUUAGAAAUUAGCCUUGUAUUAUUUACCCUGAUAUGAGUAUGCCUUUGCUCUUAAAUCGGUCUCAUGCUGUUUCAUCUUAAAUUUGAAUUAGGGGUGCACAUUUGAUGAGUAAAAAAGCGGACAAAUUGCAAUAUUGCAAUAUUUUUGUUUUUGUGAUUUUUUUUUUUCUUAAGUUAUUUAGUGUCUUUUUUUUUUGGUUACAUGCAGAGCCUCUCUUAGACCCAAUAAGUGGUACACAUUCAAUAAUGCAUACAUGCAGUCAUUCUUUCACAGUUAGCCUAUCUGCCCUUUACUGGCCAUUAGGAGACAUUUCUAUGUCUAUAUACACUGAACCAGGAUCAGACUUGUGUCCUCUACUGAAGUGUGUAGGGGUUUUUACUUCUGUGACACUGUGUGUCCGAUUUAUUUUUGGAAUGAUGUGAGGGAGUCUGGAACUUUUUUUUCUGACUUUCUUUUUCAUGGAGAGUAUUGAAGUCUGUUGAAACAGCUUUUUGACUAUGUAAAAUCAAAACCCAAUAUAAUAUAAACCAUCGCAAGUGAACGUAAAAUUGGACUUAAAAUGAACAGAAAUGCUCUGACAACACAAUUUCCCUAUAAGCAUAUUUAUAUCAGUGUAUUUUGUAUGCAUGGAUAAAUCCAGCUCAAUGUAUUUCCCCAUUUGGUUUACUAACCACUGUUGUGCUAUUUUCUAAAACCAUUCAAAUAAGUAAUUAUAUUUUCCUCCAUCUAUUGCAGGCGACCAGAAUCUGGUCACAAUAUUGUAUCCACUUUUACACAAUGGAAACAUGAUUUUUGGAAAGAUUGUACCUUUCCAUGGGUUUCUAAUGGAAUGUUAAAGAUUUUAAUGCACCGCUUAAGCUAGUGUCAUUGCCAGUGAGUGUGAACAAUGUGUUAUGGGUGACUUAAAAUUACAGCUCCUUCAUUUCUAAUGAGUGAUUCUGAUGUGUGAUUAGACCUUACAGAAAAGCAUCAUUAGGUUAAAUGUGGUGUUUACUAUUAGUGAAGAUUGAAACGGCACUCUUCUUCCUGCUAUUUACCUAUGGUUAUUCUUAAGCUGUUACCAAAUACAUUAUACUGAUCGGUAAAUAUUCUGUAAAGGUUCAGUGUAAAGUUAACCGUUUCAUAGGAAAUAAUUGACUGUAAAAUUAUGAUAUUGCUGCCUGUUUCCACUAAUUACAGAAAAAAGAGCUGUAAUAUCAAAACGCAAUUUGAAUGCAUGGGUGAAAGUAUUAGUGUGCUGUUGAAUGUUUAAGGUAAACUAAUUUGAUGUUUUUGAUGUGUGUGUUACUCAGUUACAAAUUUCUAUAACCUGUCAAAUGGGGAAUUGAGUUGUAUUUGUUGGGGGGGGGAGGAUAAAUUGAUAAAUGAAUUUGUUUUUUGUACUCUGGGUGUUUGUAAUUUGAAAAUUUGAAUAAAGGCAAUAUGAACAUGAAA